AUGUCAGGCUCAGGAGACCUCGUCGACUUCGACUUGAUUGAAGGUCAGAAAGAAAAUAUUCAGUCUUUGCCUGGCGGUCGUUCAGCAAAGAAACUCGCCCAGCUUUACUCGCCAUCACCACUUCACAAGCAAUCAACACCUACCCCUUCGAAUACACGUAAUGUCAACGACUGUAUUCGCGCCGAAUUCGAACAGGAAGUCGAAAAUAUUGCCGAGUCAGACGAUCCCCUCGACAUCUUCGAACGUUAUGUGCGAUGGACAUUAGACGCCUACCCCUCAGCACAAGCAACACCAGAGUCACAACUUCACACUCUGCUUGAGCGCGCAACAAAGACUUUCAUCGGCUCAGCACAAUACAAAAACGAUCCUCGAUAUCUCAAACUCUGGGUUCACUACAUCCACUUCUUCUCUGAAACCCCACGCGAGACAUAUAUGUUCCUGUCACGUCAUGGAAUAGGAGAGUCGCUUGCCCUCUUCUACGAGGAGUAUGCUGCCUGGCUCGAGGGUGCCGGACGAUGGGCACAAGCCGAAGAGGUCUACAAGUUGGGCAUCGAGCGUGAAGCUCGGCCUGUGCCACGCCUCAUGCGCAAAUUCCAAGAAUUCGAGCAACGUGUUGCGCAGCAGCCAGAUCUUAUGAACGAACCUUCAUCUCCAGCACUGCCUGCCAUGCGGCCAGCACUUGCUUCCAAAGUUGACCCUUUUGCUGCUGCUCGUGAGGCAGACCCCCAAGCACAACGGACAUCCAGUGGUGGGGCAGCAAAACCUACAAAGGCUAAAAUGGCGAUAUUCUCUGACGCCGAUGCUCAACCCUCUGCCAUGUCAUCAAUGGGCGCUGGAUCAAAGGGCUGGGAUAGCAUCGGUUCACUAGCGGACCGAAAGAAAGAAAACACUAUAGAGGCUAGACCUUGGGCUGGAGAGACGCUACACGCUGGUGGAAAGAAGAGUGCUGCCCCCAAGAUGUCGGUGUUCAGGGAUGCGUCUCUUUCGCAAAUACAGAAUAUCGUUGUUGUUCCGUCAAAACAUCAAAUCUCCCUUCAUCCACAAACCGGGAAGAAAGAGCGUGUUUUUGUUGACCUUGCAGCUGUUUAUCCAACCCCUGAAGAGAUUGGCACUGAACUCAGCUUCGAGGAGAUCAUUGCUGCCAACCGGGGCUGGCUCGAUCAUUCCUGGGAGGACGAGACAUUUGACCAGAACAUCGUCCAUCAAUCUCCUGUGCCUCUUGAAAUUGAAGAAAUUAGCAAUGGCAUGGGAGAAAAGCUGAUGAUUCAUCAAGAUGCUGUUGACAAGAACCCUAUUCACAAAGACUCUGGUGACAAGUUGAUGAUUCACCCGGACCCUAUGGAUAAACUCGUUAUCCAUCAGGACUCAUCCACCAAGCUACCAAUCCAUAGAGACAAUGUACAAUAUGACGAGAACGGCAGGGCCAUUGAUCAACCUCGAGCGCCACGGGGUACUAAGAAGAAAAAGAUGAUGGAAGUUAACGAAACUCAAAUCAUCAAGGCAAAGCUUGAUUCACCCUCCAGGCCAAAGCUCAAGAAGAAGAACACCUCUGAGCCUACAAUGACACUUCAUACCAAAGCUGCCACUGACGAUAUCUACGAUAUCUUCAACGCACCUCUAAAGCCUACGGGUCAGGAGGAAGAAGAGAGCGCAUGUGAAGACGACUACGAGAGUGAUGAUAACUACACGAGUGAUGCAGAGAGCACUGAAACCACGAGGCAGAUUGAACCCAGUGACGCUGGUGACGACGAUAAUGACGAAGACGUGAAAAGCCUCAGCGAAUGGUCGGACUUUACAACCCAAAAACACAUUCCCAGCCUUGAUGUAGAAGGAAACGAGGGCGGAGAUGCUCAGGCAUCUGGUCUGGUCAACACCACUGCGACAGAACAUGAACAGGAGGUAAAUGAAGCUCUUGACAACGUGUAUGACCAAUCACAGAGCGGAGACGAACAAGAUGAAGACGAAGGAGAUGUUGAAACGCCUGUGUCGGAGGACUUUCCUCCUCAGCCUCGAACAACAUUCGUCCCAAUCCCCCCUGAAGAUUAUGAACCUCCCACGCGGCCAUAUAGGGAUCCGGCUGAGGUGGCUAAUAAUCGGCUACCCUUUAUGACCCCUAUCACGGAAAGGACCGAAGUAUCCCUCGACGUGACAAUAGAGCGCCACCAGUACAAGACUCCUUGUAAGAGAGAAAGUUCCAUGACUAUUGACGAAGAGGAUGAGGAGAGCUCGGAUUUGGAACCUCUCAGCAGUCCUAUUCGAGAGAUAAUCAACGGUGCCAUCGCGGCGCCGAAGAUAUCCGCACCUUUGGCUCCAAAGUCUGCUGGUCCCCUAGGAAAGUCAAUCCCUUCCAAGUUUCUCACACCUAAGGGACCUAUUAUUAGGGAACCGCAGUGCAACCCCAUGGAUGAGGCGGUUCGCUCGGAGAUCAUUGCCAAAAUGCUGCCCCCACUGAGCUCAUACUCUGGGUUUUAUGAUCAUCGAAAUGAGAAAUACGAAAGAGGAGGCGAGAUCCGCAGAUUCGCUAAGGCUCUGGCCAAGGCCAACAAGACUGGCGAUAAAAUGGGGCCUAUGACAGCCCCUGUAGUGAUCGAGUUCCCUGAUACCCAGUCUACUUACACGAUCAAAAAGGAGCUGGGGGCUGGAGCUUUUGCCCCUGUCUACCUUAUUGAGAACUCCGCUCCGCAAACCGAUGAGCAUGAUGAGAACGCUGUCUCUAUGAUGGGCAAAGGCGCUUUCGCUACCAACCAUCGAAGUGAGAUUGAGGCUCUCAAGAUGGAGAACCCCCCUACACCGUGGGAGUUCCACAUGAUGCGUCUGGCUCAUACUCGCUUGGGCCCUCAGCAUCGUGCUUCUGCUUCUUUAUCUCAUGCGCACGAAAUGCACCUCUACCAAGAUGAAGCAUUCCUUUUCCUACCGUAUCAUCCUCAUGGCACUCUCCUAGAUGUCGUCAACUUCUUCCGAGCUGAGCCAUCUGCAGUUAUGGACGAGCAGCUGGCCAUGUUCUUCACCAUCGAACUUCUACGGACUGUCGAAUCUCUACACUCCAAGAGUGUUUUGCAUGGAGAUCUCAAGGCUGACAAUUGUCUCCUCCGCUUGGAUGCACUGAAGGACGAUGGAUCUCUGACAAGUCAGUGGAAGGCCGACGGAAGCGGUGGGUGGUCGUCUCGUGGCGUUGUGCUCAUUGAUUUCGGCCGCGGUAUUGACAUGCGUGCCUUUGUACCUGAGGUUGAGUUCUUCGCGGACUGGAAGACUAGCGCACAAGACUGCGCCGAAAUGCGAGAAGGCCGACCCUGGACGUGGCAGAUUGACUAUCAUGGUCUCGCGGGUACGAUCCACACACUUCUCUUUGGCAAAUACAUCGAAACUAUGCGUUGUGAUCAAGGCGGACUUGGCAAGUCCCGACGCUACAAGAUUCGUGAGAGUCUCAAACGCUACUGGCAGACUGAUCUUUGGUCAGAUUGCUUCGAGGUUCUGCUCAAUCCAGUAGCGGCGGCAGCAAGCGGCGGGGAGGAGGGCGGUAAGAUGCCCGUGCUGAAAUCCAUGGGUAGUGUUAGAGAAAGGAUGGAGACGUGGCUAGAAGCCAACUGCGAGAAGGGCGUUGGCCUCAAGAGCACUAUGGGUAAGCUUGAGGCUGCCUUUGGCAAGAAUCGCAAGUGA